UAGCCCGUUGUCCCUCGCUUGAAGAAUACCAGCCUUUUGCGCGUCCACUCAUUUACGCCCAUUGUCGCUGUAUACUCACUCCAGUCUUUUCCAAUCACUAUACAGUAAACACUACACGAUACACACUUCAUUCACAGCCGCCCACACACUCACCGCACACUCACGCCGUUGAACGCCGUUACGACCAGACCGUCCCAUACAUAAACAUCCACAUCCACCAACAACAACAACACCCGACUCCAACAUCAUGCGUUACUCUUCCGCCAUGGUGCUGAGCACCUUCGCUGUCGGUCAGGCCGCCGCCUCCCACAUGCACAACCGUCACGCCAGCUUCCACGAGCGCCGCCAAGCUGAAGCCAAGCGCAGUGCUGGCGCCGAUGUCGACUGGAACAAGGUCGCUGUUGAUCUCAAGGACGUCGACUGGGAGGCCGUCAACUGGAGCUCUGUCUUCCAGUCCUCAACCGCUGUCGCCGCUGCCUCCACUCCUGCCGCUGUCUACAGCGCAGCCGCUGCCACCGCGACCCAGGCAAAGGCCGAUGCCAAGAAGGUGGUGUCUUCCGUCGUCGAGGCUGCGUACACGCCUGUGCCCACCAAGGUGGCAUCGGUCGUGGCAGUCGCAUCCAAGGUCGCUUCAUCCAAGGCCGCUGUCGCAACAAGCGCGGCGGAGUCGACCGUCUCCACCGACAGCAUCAUCGAUGAUCUUGGUGAUGCUAUCGAUGACAUCGGUGACGCUGUCUCAGACCUGCUCCACGGCGUCUCCACCUUGAUCAAGAGCCUCGGCAUCGUCUCCGUCGGCAAGAACUCCAAGACCAACAACGGUGGUAUCUGGAUCGGCAGCGACAGCGAGUGGAAGGCUGAGUUCACCAACGACGCCAGCGAGGAUGCUGUUAUCUUCUGCUGGAAGGCCGAUGGCUACUCCGGAAUGUCCCUGAACGUCAACCAGCCCGAGAUCUCCGUCGGCCUCAAGGCAGGAGAGUCCGUCGAGGUCUCUUUCGCUGAGAACGUCCCCGCUGCCUGUGCCCCGGCCUACACCUCUACCAAGCUCGCUCUCUUCGGCGGUAUCGACCAGACUUGGUGGGAGGUUACCUUCGGCAGCUCCGGUGCCUUCGAUGUCUCCCGUAACGUCAACAUGAACGGCUGCACCAUCAACUCCAAGGGCUCCAAGUGCACAUCCAACAUGGACACAUGCGUGUUCAAGUGCAAGGACAGCAGCGCCAGCUCCUGCGAGUCUGGCUCUGACUACGACCUCUUCAACUGCGACUCUUCCAGCGGCGGUGGCGGCGGCUACGACGCCGUCAUGGCCGGUACCGGUGGUGGCUGCGCCAUGGGCUCCUCCGGCGAGACCGUCAAGGUCUCCUUCAACUAAGUGCUGUGUCUUAUGUGUCGUCGGAGUUGUUUUUUGUACUUACGCCUUUUCCCCAUAUCAUCUGACCUUCUUGGCCUUCUUAGAUCAUCCUCGUCCGUCCCGGUAAUCUUCUGGACAUUGUUACUUUCUCGCAGGAUACCCGCACGGCUUUUGGGCCCCGAUUUCACACGAUAUGGCUGAGGAUCUUUUUCGCAUUUGAGCUCUUAGUGGCCAAGGUGCUUUUGUAUAACUGUU